AUGUCAGACGUAGACUUGGAGCGCGAGAAGCUGAAGUUGAAGGACCUCCUGGACAUGGGCUUCAUUCACGAGGACGAGUACCGGCAACGCUUUGCCGACCUCACCGGCAGCACCCCUGCAACCGCCACACCGUCGCUUUUCGAGAUGACCGGCAGCUGCUACACGCCCUACCUCGAGGCCCCCAUGUCCACGCCCGACUUGACGCCCUCGUUCUCUUCUUCUUCUUCUUCAACCUACUCGUCGCCCUCGCCUGCGGCCGUGGGAGGCGCGAGGCCGUUCCAGCCGGUGGAGCCCUGCGACUGCGGGACCACCUACUGCCGCUGCGGCCUCCAGAUCCCGCAAUGCCUCGUCGAGGAUCAUGCGCAGGUGUGCACCCGUCCGGAGUGGGACACGUUCAAGUGUUCACUGCAAUGCGGCAGCGCCUUCGGGUCGCGCGUCGAAGCGACCGCCCACCUCAAGUUCUGCUCCAAGUACAUCGUCGCCUGCCGAAGUGCGACGGACCACCGUUGCGCCAUCUUCUUUGGCACGUACCCGAGUUGGUGUGGCGCGGAGGUGCUGGUUUGCGAUCUGCCGCAGCACUGGGGCCAGGAGCAUCGAAACCAUAAGGACCUGGGUGAGCUGCAGUUGCCCGAAGAGUUGGAGUGUCCGGUUGGCUGCGGGCAGCACAUCGGCGAGCGCUGGGGCAUGGAUCACCACUUCAACACCGAAUGCGAAGCCUACACGGUUCGAUGCGACAUCGUCAAGACGCGCACGGACUCGGAGUACCACUACAGCUACACCGGCGUGUGCAGCGAGGAGGUCAGGCGGAAGGACGUCGCCCGGCACUGGAACGAGGUCCACCAGGGAGACCCUGAGGUCGGCCCAGAGAUGAUCCCGAUGAGGGGAGUCAGGUGUCCGAACUCGGAGUGCGAGGCACGAAUGGACCUCGACCAGAUGUCCGACCACCUCUCCCACUGCCGCGCCUAUCACCCCGUGUGCCAUCGUUGCAAGAACGAAGAGAUGGAGUCAAUGGACGACUUGAAGGCGCACGUGGCGGCUGGGUGCCACCCCGUCGAGUACCAGCCGUGGGUGUCCGCCGGCCUGCUGGAAGCCAUCCUGGAGAAGCAGCGCCCCAUCGCCGCCCGACAUGUCUUCAACAGUUCACACCAGUGGUAA